AGCAACCUGCUUUAAUUAUUUAUUUAGCCUACAGAUUUUUAAAAUGUAGUAAAACUUAACUUCCAUUGCUAUCAAAGGGUUUACAAAAUAUUAGGAUCAAGUUACCUUAGUUAUAGCCAGAGCAGUUGCAGUAUAGUUGACAUGAAGAAAAACAGCUUUUAUGAGGUGUUUCAAAAUUCUCUACUCUUUAUGCCAAUUGUUUGGGAUUUCUGACAUUGCACUUUCAAAUUCAUGUCUUGUACAUUUUGAAACUUGUUGUAAUUCUGAACUCUAUUUUAGGCAUUGACGUUGACUAAGACAGCUCUGAGGGAAACAACUAUAGGCCAAGCAGUCAAUCUUAUGUCCAACGAUGUGAACCGGUUUGACCAUAGUGUCAAUUUCUUUGUGUACCUCUGGUUUGGUCCAUUACAGACACUUGUUAUAUCGUAUCUGAUGUGGUGUGAAAUUGGCUUUGCUGCAGUUAUUGGAGUUGCAACCAUUGUGCUUGUUAUUCCAUUACAAGGUUAUCAAGAUGUAUGCGUGGGAGAAACCAUUUGCUUACCUUGUCUCAUUUGCUCGCAGAUAUGAAAUUCAAACAGUUAGGCUGUACUUUAUGUGCGUGGUUUGCUCUUAUUGAUUGGAAAGUUUUCAACAAAGAUUAUCAUUUUUAUUGCUAUAGUGUCAUACGCUCUACUUGGGAACAAGAUAACAUCUGAGAAUGUGAGAGACUUUUGUGUUUAUGGAAAACAAAUUAUUCUUGGCUGCAUGAUUUUCUCAAUACUCAGAGUUCUAUGCGGAGAUCGUGGUGUGGAAGUGAGUGUUGUUAGAAUUCCAUCAUUACUUCAUUUUGCUCUUUCAACUGCUUGGUACGUGUGGUAAAUCAGUAUCUGUAUUGACAUGCUUAUGAUGGAAGAUAUGUGCUAGAGUAUUCUAUUUUAAAUGGUAUCCUGAAUAUAAUCAUACAGACUGCUAUGUUAUCACUUGUCAAGCUGUAGCUUGUUGAACAGACACUGGAGUUUGUCUCAUGACAUUUGGAAAUAAAGAAAUGAUAAAACUGUCAUGGUAAGAGGAGAUGCAGGUGCUUUUGAACAUCAGGGAUAAAACCAGGAGUUGGUGUGUGUGCUUUCGUAUGUAUACCAGAAAAGACAAAAUAUCCAUCUCUUCUGGCUGCAGGUAGUGGAGUCAUUGCUCUUUGGAGUCACACAGUAUUACAAUGCUGAUACUGAGUUUGUCAAAUAUGUGCAGUGAACCAGCACAGUGAAUUUCACAGAAGAGGGUAUAGCCAAUGCAUGUAUCAUAUCAGCACUUGGUUUAUUUUAGUGGCUUAUUCAGAAAGAAGUAUGUAAAUAUCCUAUUUCAGAGUAUCAGAUUUGUGAGUUUUCUGUCAUCCUUGUAUGUUGUCCCACUUCUUAUCUUGCAGAAUGUUUUACAUAACAGAAUUAUUAGUUGACAUUUAUCAUAAAUAUUUUGUUUUCUAUUUAAUCAUGAAAGUUACCAUUGUUACUCAGUUAUGGUCUUAAGUGUUGUAGCACUAUGCAAUAUUCUAGAUAGUAACCAGCAUCUGAAGUUGUAGGUGAUUCAUUCCUACAAAAUACUCAUAAUCACCUACAACACCACAGUCAACGUAGUCACCAUUGCAAGAACUUUAAAUCUCUGAUCUUCACUACUGGCUUUCAGAUCUGUAUAUUCAUAUAAUAUUAAUACUUUUAUUAUUGAUGCCUGUGAAUUUUGUAAAUGGUUUCAGGUUUCUGUAAUAGCAAGGAAUUUUCUUAACAGCUGUCAACUUCUCAAGGAGAAUAAAACAGUGUACCAUGGACUUUGUAUUGUUUGUGGCAGUUUAAUAAGAUAAAUUUUAAUUUACAGCCUGAAGUAAGGUGGCAGUUCUAAUUGCCCCAUUGAGAUGAAAUCCUUGCAUCCAGUUUGCUCCAUCAAUUCCUGUCUUACUAAGAACCAUUUUAACGUUGUCCUCCCACCUACACCUAGGUCUUCCUAGCAGUCUUCUCCCAUCAGACGUCCGAACCAAUACCUUGUGAACACUCCCCCACGCAUGCCGUAUGUCCCACCCACCUCAUCCUCAAUUUAAUCACUAACAAUAUCAGGUGAGGAGUACAGCUCAAUUUUCGCCAUGAUCCAUCUUCCACCCUUUUAGGUCUAACUAUCCUCCUCAACACUGUUCUCAAAGACCAUCAGUCUAUGUUCGUCUCUCAAGGUGAGAGACCAUGUUUUGCACCCAU